UAGAGUCACGCUCCAGAGAGGCCCCUUGUUCUGCUAAAACAGCAAGUGGUUGAUAGACCGCCCUUUUCAGGCUCAUGCCUAGGCCUCACUGUGCCCAGCUACCCAGGGACUGGCAUGUAGUGGGGCUGGCUGGAAGGAGGCAAUGGUAUCUGUGCUGCAUUACCUGCUUCUGCUGUGGCUGAGUUCGGGGGGAACAGCCACAGGAGCACAGGAGACACUGAUCCAAGUCAUCAAAGCAACAGAGUCCCAUACAGUAUUUCUGCCCUGCCCUUUCGACCCUGCACUGACUUCAGAUUAUUUGGAUUUGACUUGGGUCAGUCCAUCUGGGGAACUGCUGCUGUACACAUAUGUUCGGUACCUUCAGUCAGAUGCAAGACUUGGUGAUAUGUGGGGACUGUUGCUCUACAACACCUCCAGGCAAGAUGAUGUUUGGUUCAUCUGUAAAUGGAAUGGCAUCUGGGGAACAAACCACACACUCACAAACAAGACUGACCUCCCACAGGACAUCUCUCACCCAGCAAGACAUCCUGAAUUCUUCCCAUGUGAUGCCUCCAUACCUAAUAACUGGACUGAGGCAUCCCUUUCCUGGGUUCAACAUGAUUCACUGGCUCAAGAGACAGUGCUGAUGAAAGUGGAAAUAUGGCACUCUGCUCAUUACAGAGUGAGCAUGAGGUCCAAUGCCAUUUUUUUAAUCCUUCCAUCAGUAACUUCCAAUGAUACUGGAAACUACACAUGCCAGUGGAAGGACUACAAACACCAUUUUCAAGUGGAAGUGAUGGCAAAGUCAGGAGCUUUUUGGCUAGUUUUUGGACACCAGCACUGGAUAAUCUGGACAGUGGCACUAGGAUAUAUAGUUGUCUGUCUAAGCUUCCUAUUCUGUUACUUGUGGCACCGGCAUGCCAUUUGUGCUCGCAAAAAGCAGAUGAAGUUGAGGUCCCGUGCCAGGAGAGGGUACUUCUAUGCUAAGAGGAGCAAGGCACAUGGCUCUAAUGGGAUUGUGGCAUCUCCAGCAAAUCAAGAUGGGCCAGAGCAAGUGGAUGUCUUCUCCUAUGAGAAUGUCCUUCCAGUCAUGGUUCCCAGAAGGAAUGGCAGAAGGUUACUUCAGAAAGGAAAAAUCUUACCCAACACCAUCAACACAGAAGAUGAAGAAGAGUAUGAGUGCCCUGACAGUGAAACAGAACACAAAUCAGAUGAUGAUGACAACUAUGAGAACACCCAGGAAGAAGUGAAACAGGGAGAAAUGCUUCCGAAAGAUACUUCCCUAUAUGAAAAUAAAAACAGCAAGGUGAAAUCUGGCUCUCACAAUUGGGUCUCAGCUGAUGUAUGCUAUGCAAAUAAAGACCCAGAGGCUCCCAAAAUCCUGCCCCAAGAUCCACUUGAUGAAGCUGAUGGUGAGAACUAUGAGAACUUAGAAGAGGAAAGCCCUAUGAGCCCUGGUGCCAUGCGCCUGAUAGCAGGUUUACGUAUACACUUGGCUCUGGACCCUCCCAGUGAUAAACAGGAUGGUGUCAGCGAGACUUCUACAGGCUCCCAGUCCUAUGAAGAGAUGAAUGGGUCUUUGUCCCACACUACUACCAAGCCUCUUCAUCUGCACCCCAAUACAAGCAAUGAGGAAGAUGCUGAUUCCUAUGAAAACAUGGAAAGCCCCAACAAUUUCAAUUCACGGCAAGAAGGCAACUUGGAUCCACAUGCGGAAGGUGUGGCCUAUGGAUCCCCGUGGCAACAUCGGUCCAUUCCGUUCAAUGUUGACCUUACAGGGGGGCGACUGUGCUCAGAGUAGAACUAGCGAAAGCACGGGGACAUUUCACCCUUUGCAAUUCCUUUCUCAGGCCAAGACACUUUAAUUCAAAAUUUGGAACAAUGCCCUGGUUUCCCUUGGACUAGAGGAGGGUAAUGGGCGCUUCUAGAAUACUAGAACACAAGCCUGGGAAAUUGGACUUUUGGUUUGACUCAAGCAAUGGAGCAGUAAGGGAAGCAUAAACGUUUGGCUGGAGACAAGCAAAUAGUUCUGUUUUUAUUUUUAGAGAACUGAAACUGGGCUGACAGAGAAAGCAAAAUGGCUUUCACUUGUAUAAAUUAACUUUUGCAGGGGGAGAGGGGGUCAUUUCUGGUCAAAUUAAAAAAACAACAACAAAAAACACCAUGUAAAAACCUGUUUAUAGGUGAAUCUAGACCAAGUUAAAUAUUUAUGGUCUUCCAGAUGGUGGUGUUGAACUACAACUCCCAUUAGAUGUAGGCAGUAUUGCCAGUGGUGAGGAAUGAUAGGAGUUGCAGUCCAACAGCAUUUGCAGAGACAUAGUUGUCCACUCUGAUCUAGAUAGUCAGUGGUUUGAGUGGUGACCCUUUAAUGUUGUAUUCGUUGGCCACAUGUAGAAAAUUCUGUUCAGAGAAUGAUGCUCAGGUGCAACCAGUUUUUCUUACUGACAGAAUCAAGCUAUGCAAGGUGUUGAUUGCCAGCUCAUGUGACAAUUAUGAAGUUGUCUUUGCCUACUCCAGCUGGAUGUGCAAAUUGGUUGUCCUCCAUGAUAAUUAUUAAACUAAAUUUCCUAUCUU